GUCAGUUUGUUCACCUUAGUCUGCUAGUAGGCUAAGGUCUUGAAAGUUGUUUCAAAUAUAUUCAUCUUGCAGCUGUAUGUCCUCAUAGAACCAUGAAGACCAAAGUGCUCUCUGUCGCUAUGGUGAUGAUGUGUGGGAUGGUGGUCCAAGCAGUGAAGCCCCAAAAAGAUUUCAACUUGCAGAAGUUUGCAGGUAAAUGGUACCGAGUUGGCCUUGCCUAUGACUCUCCUGGCUUUGAGCGCAUGAGAGACAAAGUGAAGAUCUCCAUGGGGAUUGUCUCAGUAAUGCCCAGUGGCAAUGUCAACCUGACAAUGUGGGAAGCACUAACUGGAUUCUGCAUGCUUAAAUUUUACCAGUAUAACAAGACAAACGUGCCUGGACGGUUCACCUACUACAGCACCCGCCAUAGCAUUGUGAAGGACAUCACCGUAGUGGACACAAACUAUACUGAAUACGCUGUGGUUCUUAAGUACAAGAAUUUUAACAGAGAAUACACACAGGUGGCGCUUUACGCUCGCUCACCAAGAACCAGCAUAGAAGUGAUGCAGAAGUUUAAAGCCUUUGCUUUGUCCCGUGGUUUCCCCCGAACAUCUAUUUUGAGUCCUCCUCCAGCAGAGAACUGUCCAGCAUCAUGAUCUGGACAUUAGAUGAAGCAAAUGGAAUUUCCUCUGAUCUACUAUUUUAACUUUAAUUGCUUGAUAGUUUAGGUUGUGUAGAAGCCUGUGGCAUGCAUGUGUGCAGGACAUUUUUUCAGAGAAAUAUUUCCCUUCUUAAAGGGUUUUUUUUUCAUUCUGAAAUGUCUUUUUUAAUCUCUCGAUGCUUGUUGCACCUUUAAAACACCUUCAUUGAAUAACUUGAGACUUGCUAAAAACUACUAAAAAUGAAAUCUUGUUUUGAUACUCCUCAGCUCCAGAUGCAACUGUCUGCAAACCUUAGAUAUAUGCAGAACUUUCAGGUCACUGAAAUGAGGACUAAAAUAUAACUGCAUCUUGCAGAUAAAAGUUUUUUGUCAUUUCCUUCAUGUUCUUUUUUUAUUUCCUCAGAUGUUAUUAACUUUACGGGUUAUUCUUUUACAUGAUUUUCUCCCAUGUUUCUUUUUCUUCCAAUGUAUAUUCUGUAUUAGAUAUCUUUUCUUGAGUUUUGUUCCUUUUUUCAUCAUGUAAAGGACAUCAGAUUACCUUAUGCAUAAUAGUGUUAAUAAAAGCUCAUACCCCACUUUAAA